GACAGGUUAAUCUGGUCGUGAUCGUGUAUCUGCGCAGUUUGACUAACAUAGAAAAAAGCCAGAUAAAAAACAAAACUCCUAGCAUCUGUCCUUUAGAGUUUUAACUUUUGAAAAUUAUAGCUGCUAAUCAAAAUGCGGGACAGCGUUUUAAUCGGUGGGACGCGGAAAAAGGGAUGAAAAUGCUGUGCAGUUCCGCACAAAGCAGGACACUUGGUCACCCUAUUUAUAUGUGUGUGACAAGAUUCCCCUCUCUGUGGUGAUUUCCCUACACUUAGUUAAGUGACAGUUUGAAGCUGAAAGUAUUUCAUCAAACUUUUGAAUGUGUUUUUAAUUCGUUGAAAACUGAACUGACUUUUUUUGGGAGCUACUCUUCAUUCCUCCACGUGUCCCUUUUUGCACUGACAGUCCUCCGCUCUGCCGCCCGGCUUGAGCUGCCUGUGCUCGGCCUGCAGGGGUCGCUGCAGGCCGCUCUCCGCUCCGGUUCUCUCCGCGGUGUGUGUGCGAGGCUUCCCCCGCUAUAAAGGCGUGUGAGGCGGCUGGAGGCUGUAAAGGCUCUCCGGCAGCCACAGCAGGAGGAGGAGGAGGAGGAGGAUGAAGCUGUGGAGCUGAUCUCAGUUCAGUUCAUCUGAGCUGCAAACUUUCGGAUGCUUUUCUUGCUCUGGAGCUUUUUCUUCUUCUUCAUGCACAUCUGAGCAGACUUCCUGUCCCGCCCCCACCAUGAGCGACAUCUACGAGUCCGCGGCGAACUCUCUGGGUUUGUUCAGCAGCCCCUGCCUCACCAAAGUGGAGCUCCGGCUCACCUGCAAGGGGAUCUCAGACCGAGACGCUCUGUCCAAACCCGACCCCUGCUUCAUCCUCAAGAUGCAGUCUCACGGCCAGUGGAUGGAGGUGGACCGGACCGAGGUGAUCCGGAGCUGUGUGAAUCCCACCUACUCGAAGGUCUUCACUCUGGACUUCUACUUCGAGGAGGUGCAGCGUCUGCGCUUCGAGCUGUACGACAUCAACAGCAGCCACAACGGCCUGAAAGAGGCCACCUUCCUGGGAUCGGUGGAGUGCACACUGGGUCAGAUCAUCUCCCAGAGGAAACUUUCCAAAGCUCUGCUCAGACCAGGAGGCACCGUGGGAAAGGCCAUCAUCACGAUCACAGCAGAGGAGCUGACGGGGAACGACGACUACAUCGAGCUCUCCUUCAGCGCCCGGAAGCUGGAUGAUAAGGACUUCUUCAGUAAAUCAGAUCCGUUCCUGGAGAUCUACAGGCUGAAUGACGACGCCACGCUGCAACUCGUCUACAGAACUGAGACUGUUAUGAAUAAUCUCAACCCUGUGUGGAAAACCUUCAAAGUUUCUCUCAACUCGCUCUGCAGCGGAGACCACGAACGCAAGCUGCAGUGCACCGUCUGGGACUGGGACUCCAACGGCAAACACGACUACAUCGGCGAGUUUGAGGCCACGUUCAAGGAGAUGAGAGGAGCCAUCGAUGGACGGCAGGUGCAGUGGCCGUGUAUAAACCCCAAAUACAAAGUGAAGAAGAAGAACUACAAGAAUUCUGGGAUUGUUAUUCUGAACCAGUGCAAGAUCAUCAAGAUGCACUCGUUCCUGGAUUACAUCAUGGGAGGCUGUCAGAUCCAGUUUACUGUAGCCAUCGACUUCACUGCAUCCAAUGGAGAUCCUCGUAACAGCUGCUCUCUGCACUACAUCCACCCCUACCAGCCCAACGAGUACCUGAAGGCGCUGGUGGCGGUGGGAGAGAUCUGCCAGGACUACGACAGUGACAAAAUGUUCCCGGCGUUCGGCUUUGGUGCUCGGAUCCCUCCUGACUUCAAGGUCUCCCACGACUUUGCGGUGAAUUUUAAUGAAGAGAACCCCGAGUGUGCAGGUAUCCAGGGCGUGGUCGAGGCCUACCAGGCCUGCCUACCCAAGCUGCAGCUCUACGGCCCCACCAACAUCGCCCCCAUCAUCCAGAAGGUCGCCAACUCGGCCUCGCAGGAGGUCCACACCAAAGAGGCCAUGCAAUACUUCAUUCUGCUGAUCCUGACUGACGGUGUCAUCACUGACAUGGCCGACACAAGGGAGGCCAUAGUCCAGGCCUCUCACCUCCCCAUGUCCGUCAUCAUCGUUGGGGUUGGGAACGCCGACUUCAGCGACAUGCAGAUGCUGGACGGGGACGAUGGGAUCCUGCGGUCACCUAAAGGAGAGCCCGUCCUUCGGGACAUUGUCCAGUUCGUCCCCUUCCGCAAUUUCAAACAUGCCUCUCCGGCUGCUCUGGCUAAGAGUGUCCUAGCAGAAGUGCCCAACCAGGUGGUUGACUACUACAACAGCAAGGGCAUCAAGCCCAAAGUGCCCAGCGAGUACCAGUCUUCCAGGCCGUUUGGCCCCUGAGGAGCAUCACCUCUCCUGGACUCACAAACAUGUUUACUGUCUUUUGUUCUUUGUGAAAGCGGAUGUUAAAGGUACUGUAUGUGGUAUUUUAUCAUUAAAGGUGAGUCACAUUAGACCUUAAUGCCUAAAGGGGGCAAACCAGGACUACCAGAAGCCUGUCAGGAACCACAGUGGAGGUCUUCACAGGUCCACUCAGUUCUAGGGUGCCAAGAACCAGGGUCUGAAUUCUACUUGCUCUAAACAGAUGUUAUUUUCAGGGCAUAUCUCUAAGACAAAUAGAGAUUUUAACUUUAAAUUUAAAAUUAAGUUGUUGACAGAUCAGCUGGUUGUUCCUCUGUCCUGCAAAACAUCGACCGGAGCUUUUAUGUAUACUGGCUUUUGCAUUUAGGGCAGAAGAUGGAAACUGGAUAUUAAAUUUUCUAUAAAAAAUUGUCUCUUAGGUGAAUAAACAAAUGCUUGUUGAUUGAUCAAAUGAACUGAUAGCACAUCACACUGUUGCUGGUGUUCAGACUGACUGCGUAUUGGAUCCAGUCUAAUUAACCUCAGGCCUGUUUGGGUCCGCUCUGGCCGACCCUCUUAGAUCAGGUCUAUGGAAAUGAAUAUAUGCAUGUCAGAUUCAGGUAGGCUUUUGUUUUGGGACCAAGAUUUUGGAGCUGUGAAGACCUUGACUCUACACUCUUUAAACCGAAAGAGAGAUUUCACUAGUCAGAUGAAUAGAAGCUGCCGUAAUUAUAACAUAAAGGUGUUUCAUUUCCUGCCAUUGUCUUUUAAAAGGUGAACAAAGAAGCAUGUGAAGCUGCUGACUACAGAAACUCUAGUUAGGAGGCUCUUGAGACAGAAAAUAGUUUGAACCAGGCAGGUAAAGCGUAGAAAGACUUAGCCUUGUGGUUGUUGUCUUGUAGCUGCAUUCAAGACAUGUGGGACUUAGUAUACAUUGUAGCUUGUAAAUAUUGUUCACAUCAACAUCCAAGUUCUAAUUCUGGCUAUUAGUAACCUUAAACAGCAUGUUUUAUCAUUGGGGAUGUUUGCUAUGAAGCAUGAGCUUUGUGGUAGUGUUUAAAAUAGAGUUAUUCAAUUUCAAAUUAUCCAAUUUUUAGAACUAGUUCUGCUCAAGCAUAUGACCCUCGAUAUUUAUGAAGAUAUUUGUUAAAUUCUAGCUUGAUAUAUCAAAUACUUGAUGAGAUAACCUAUUUUUUAAAUUGCCCGUUGACGUACUUUCAGCAAGUUUUUUUUUUUUUUUUGCACAUUGAAAUGUAAGUCUGUUUAAACAGCAAUAUCUCAGGAACUAUUAAAGAUAAAAGUUUGACAUUUUCACUGUUAUUUCUCAUCGUGUCAGAAAUAUUGGACAAGUAGGAUCAAAUAGUCUUUGAUUAUGGAUGAAUUGAAUUUUGAAAAAAGUGCCAUCUUUGAGCUCCAUGUAAACCAUGUAAAUUUACUUGUCAUGAUGAGGAAUAACUGUGAAAAUUUCCUGUAGUUCCUGCCAAAUCAUAAGAUUUCUUCUGCUGCUCGCUGUUGUUGCCCAAAAUGAUAUGAACUUGUAGGCAAUUGCAUGUUUUUAAAAGUGCUGGUGUAAAGUGCUAAAGCCUCAACAAAUCAUCAAUAUUCAGCUUAGCAAACCACCCCAAACUCUCCUGCACUCUCAGACAGCACUGCAAGGACUUUAUGUGGGACAAAAACAAUCUUGUGAAGCUUACUUUAAACUCUGGGUCCUCUGGUGGAAACACAGCCUCAAAGUAUUGUUUCAUCUCAUCAUGUUGUUUCAUGCUGUAAAAUGCCAACUGUAGCACCUUUUGCAUCCGCUGUGCAUGCAGGGCCGACAAAGUCUGCGCAGACUGUAGCGUUCAGGAGUGCUUUUACGUGAAAAGCACACAAACACAAAACUGACCAAUCCAAACGCUGCUUCCCUGCAGACAGCAUGACGGGUGGGGAAACAGUCAAUGAAGGAAUGUAUGAACCUCCCUCCUCCUCCCCUGCAGUUUGUUUUUAUAAGAGUUUAUCGAGAUUUUGCUAAAUUUCGUAAGUUUGUUGUAAAGCAUUUUGGAUCUCUGCCAGGUGAACAAGCUAAGCUGCCUUCACAGACGUCUGCAUCCUCUACUGUUUUUUUCUAAAAGGCGAGGCAGAUGCAUGAACUGUUGUUUUGCAUGCAAAUCUCCAUGCAGGGCUUGGCGGUCCUUGUAGUUUCUGUUUCCUGGUAGUGAAUAAUAUGAGUAAUAAUGACGUUUACAAUGUGCCCUGUGACGGGGCUGUUCUACUCGGAAGCAUGUUCACCUGUAAACGAAAAUGUGUGAGUAGAUUUAAAAGCACAAAAUGAGUAUAUUUGGAGAGAUUUGUAGAUUAUGGUGAUAGAUUUUGGUCACUUUGUGCCACAACACCUGUCCAUCUGUCUUUAUGGCUUUGCACAACUUUUUUUUUAUAAAUAUUGGUUUCAUUCUGGAUCUGUCUAAACCUUUUGAGGUAUAGUCAUAUUACUUUUUUGGCAUCACUUGUUUCUUUGAGUACAGUCAUUUCUAAGGACUAGCAAGUAAUUUUUCCAAGGAUAGUAGUGGCAGCAGGUUCAACAAGGUAGUCCAAAUUUCCUUUUCCCUUGCCUCAUCCUCUUCCUCUUCUGUAGCAAUCUUGAAGUGUUCUCAAGCAAAUUCUGGAUCAGAGGGUCUUCCCCUGGCAGUAGUUGCUCAGAAAAAGCCUCGAAAUGUAGGUGUCUUGGGGGCAUUUCAGUCAGAUGCCCGAUCCACCAUAACUGACUUCUACAAGGGACCAGCAGCGGUGCUCCUCCUGAAUGUCUCUUUCUCUCCAGUGUAAAACUCGACAGAUUUCUUGAGUCUUAAAUCAGGACCAAACUUCAUCCACUUAAUCGAGUUCUGGACCUGGCAGCACCCCAUUAAACAAGGAAGUCCAGAGUCCUCCAAACAUUCUUCAGAGCUUCCAAUAAUUGGACAUACCCAGAGAACCUCAACAGAGAGGCUUCCAAAAGGAAAUUCAGUCAAAUGCCUAAACCACUUUUUGCCUUCUGGAUGUCAUUCUGGUUAGUUUAAACUUCAACAAAUUGUUCGACCCUAAAGACAGAGUCAAAUUUCAUUCAUUCAACUGGAUUCUGGUCCUUGUGAGACCAAGCAAAACAAGGUGAUAAAGUAAGCCACAGUUAUUUUCUCCAGCUCUCCUAGGAUUCAUUCUUAGGUCAGAGGGAAUUCCUCAAGAAAAUUCUGGGUUUGCCUCGGGGGUUCAAUUCUAGUUUGACAUACCUAGUAACCUCCAAAUGGAUGAGUCCAAGAGGAAUUUCAGAUGCUUCAACUACCUCAACUGGCUCCAAGGAGGGAACAGCACUGGAGAGUCUUCUACACAAUGAUGUAAUGAUGCAAAAUACUUAAACUUUGACAGAUUGCUUGAGGCUUAAGUCAUGACAAACCUUCAUCCGUUUAACUGGUCCUUGUGACAGCGAGCCCAACAACUUUGUCCAGGCCUCCAUACUUACAUUCUCCAGCUCUCCCAGGAGGCAUUUCUAGGUCAGAAGGGAUUCUUCAAGAAAAUUCUGGGUUUGCCUUUUGGUCCAGUCCCAGUUGGAUGUACCCAGUAACCUCCAAAUACUUGCUGCCAAGAGGAAUUUCAGAGGGACAAACUCCCUCAACUAGCUCCAGUGACAAGACAGCAGUGAAGAUUCUUCUGCACACAUCUUUCUUGUAGAUGUAAACAUUCUAAACUUCUACACAUAGAUUCAGUCUUGAGUUAGGACAAAUCAUCUACUUAACUGGAUUCUAGUCCCGAUGGCAUCUGAUUAAACAAAGUACUCCAGAGACCUUAAAAGGUACAUCCUUCAGCUCUCUCAGGAGGCAAUUCUGGGUUUGGCCAAGGGUCUAAUCCUAGUUGGAUGUACCCAGAAAACCUCCACAGGGGGCGUCCGAGCAUGGUUUGGACGUUUGAACUCUUUACCCUGAGCCCUGACACUCUGCAAAGGAAACUCCUUUAAGCUCAUUUUAAAGUUGGUAAAAUAAUGAGGUAGAUGACCAGAAAAUGGCAGAGCUUUGCCUUCAGGCUGACUUCAGUCUUCACUGUGAAGGGUUGGUGCAAUGUUUACAUUCCUGCUUAUGCUGCACUACCCCACCAGUCGACAUGUUGUUCCAUCCAUCCAUCAGUUUUUCUUUUAACCACAUCGGUGCGGUUGCAGGUGUCCUUGCACAGCCAGGUCCUUCAAGUCCUCAAAAGAUUUUCACAGAUUUUCUUUUGCAGGGUUUAACAACUUUUAAAAUGUACUAUGUGAUCCCUCAGUGGCUCAAAUCCCUCACAUUUUGACUCUUUCAUUGUGAGACAGUAGAUAUUACCUGACAGCUACAGUAUGGUUUUGUGAAAUAUGAACUACAACUUCAAGCGUUGGCCCUGAAUUGUCCCAUAUGGACACAUCCUAGAAUACUGGAUGGUGAAAGUGAUUGGUCAGGGUUAAACAUCUCAGAUCAUUGCAGGAAUUUAAAGCAUUUGACUUGGCACACUGACUCCUCAAAAGUCUGAUUCCAGCAUAAAUGUCCACGUUCAUAUGAUGUAAAAUAUGCACUUUGAGCUAAUUUCAUUACUUUCUACUGUAAACAAAGUUGGAAUGUUGCCUCAUUAAUGAUGUGAUCCUUGUUUAUACAUUAAAUAGUGGAGCUGCUGCACCCUUGAGCUUAGUGUUUGGUACUUUAAGGAUUGUUGUUUGUCCUGUUGAAAAAAAGCAUAGACAGAGGACAGGUGUUGAGUCACAUGACUUAUUGUUGUGUUAACAUGCAGUAUUGUGUGCAAAACAAUGACAAACUGACUUAUAAUGAUAAAAGUUUUAUCAAUAACCUCG